UACGGGAUCGAACCGGGAAACUCCGUCCGUCCUGCUACUCUCCGGUCUGUCGACGUUCGCUUUUUUUUUGCCCCCAUCAACCCGAGUCUCUCGUAUUCGUAAAACGGCGGUCCGACCGGCCCCGCUCUUCAACGGAGUUCCGAGCCAGCCCGGUAGAAAGCGGACCAGGCCGGGCUUCCAGAGGUAGUAACCGCAUGCCCUCCCGGUAGAUGUAGCGCGCCUUUCGUCCCUCCAAUGGCCCGCGCCUCUUUUUCAACCGGACCGACCUCUAAUCCGCUGUAGUACAUUUCGCUUGACAAUAAUUAACGGACGCCGAGGCGUCUUUCGGCCCGGUUUAUCGCCGGAUCAGAGAUUAGGGCCCGAGUUCUAGACCUCCUCAGUAUAAGUUUAUCGGUCGAAUGUGAGUGUUUGACUAUCUACAUAUAAAAUGGAAAAUUCGUCAUGAGGGACGGUUUAUCGAUUUAUCCAAAUGGAUUUUUCACCAACAGCUAUUAUGGUGAGUCGAAUGACACAUGAUGCUGUGCACUAGGAACAAAGGUGGGCUGGUGUGGGGCGGGGAGUGCGGGGGGAGCGGCGGAGGAGCCGUCGCGACGAACAGCAGGUGCGGAGGCGGCGCUGCUCCUCAGCAGGGCCAGGGUCUGGUCCACUGGAUGUCCGUCAUGGCCGAGCACAUGAACACCGUCGCACACGACACCCCUCCAGUACACUACAUGUGGAACGGUGGAGUCGAGAGCAAGAAGAUGGGAUGGGGCUCAGAUGAUGGCAGAAGUUUCUUCGACCAGCAAUGCGGGCCGCACGCGAAGGAGGAGUACGUCUGGCCCAGGCAGUCCAUGGUCAAGCAGGGAUACGAGGCAAAAAUGAACGACAGCCAAAAUAACCAAGGGAUGCACAAGGGAGUCGACGACAACGGCCACCAAGCCGGUGUGUACGGCGGGGCUGCCCCCAGGACUCAAAGUUCCGGGAGCAGUUCGGCCUCACCACCGGCUGGAAGUGGUGCGCUUCCACCGCCGAGUAUGCUCAUCGUACCACAUCCGCUGAGCAACCAGACCAAAGCAGAAGCCCAGCACCACGUCGUGACGCAGAACGGCUCCGGACGGAAGUAUCAGUGCAAAAUGUGCCCUUCGUUGACUGAAAAGGAAACUUAUGACGCAUUUACGGGGCUCGAGAUAUUUUCAUCGAAAUCCGAGCUUCAACUCCACUCACAGCUACAUAUGCGUGAAGUCAAGCCUUACAAAUGUACUCAAUGCAGUAAAACUUUCGCCAAUAGUUCCUAUCUGAGUCAACACACGAGGAUCCAUCUAGGGAUUAAGCCGUACAGGUGUGAAAUCUGUCAGAGAAAAUUCACCCAGCUGUCUCAUCUCCAGCAGCACAUCAGGACUCACACGGGAGACAAACCGUAUAAAUGCAGGCAUCCCGGUUGUAACAAAGCUUUCAGCCAGCUCAGCAACCUCCAAUCGCAUUCGAGGUGUCACCAGACUGAUAAGCCUUAUAAGUGUAAUUCAUGUUAUAAGUGCUUUAGUGAUGAGCCUUCACUUUUGGAGCACAUCCCGAAACACAAGGAGUCGAAACACUUGAAAACUCAUAUUUGCCAGUACUGCGGCAAAUCUUACACGCAGGAGACGUACUUAACAAAGCAUAUGCAGAAGCAUGCCGAGAGGACGGACAAACGACCGCCUAUUAUAGGAAUACCGAGGGUGAGUUUGGACAAUGCUCAUUAUUGGCCUAAAGUGUCGCCGGACACUGCGAACAACCUGGUUGAUGUGAUGCAGCAGCAGCAUGAAGCGUACAGCCAAAAUGGACUACUUCCUGAUCAUCACCACCUCAGAGAUCUCAACGGGGAUGAUCACGUAAUGCGAGGCGUCCAGCCGCCUGCUCCUCCUCCCACACCUUCAGCGGCAUCACCGCUCAAUUAUCACGACUCGGUUAUUUCAUCGGGCGGGAUUAAAACAAAUACGUCCUCAGCAUCUGCUUUCACCCCCAUCCAGUCGAUGGGAAUGCCCAGUCAUCACCAUAGCCACCAUCAAAUCCCUGAUCACCACCGGUCAGCUUACCUGUCUUACAAUGCGAUAGCUUUUCCUGGUACAAAAAUGAGCCAGCUAGGCAGUGUUCAGACAUCGGUGGGUAUGGAGAUGCCAAAAGCACCCGUCACCUCCAACGGCUUCCCGAAUCAACUAAUCUCCCUUCACCAAAUAAGGAAUUAUGCUCACCAACCUGCACCGACACUGAUGACGACCGAACACUUACUCCAAGGACUUAAGGAAAAGGGACAAUAAUAUUAUAUUCCUGCUGAUUGUGUGUAGUUACAGGAUGGUGCUUAUAUACUUUGAUUUUAUAAAAACAAAAUUAUAAAAUGUAUAAAAGUGAUGGAAGUAGAUGAACGGAGCAAAUUGCCAAUACUUGUGUGAGUGAGUGUAUCAUGACAUUGCAUUAUUUAAGUGUACAAACGUAUAAAAUUUAUUCUAUGUCUGUUGUGCAUUUUUCCAUGUAUGAACAAUAUUAUUGACAAAUCACAUAUAUAAAAGUGUUGGCCAAAAGGAAGUAUUGAAAGAACAUGAUACUCAAAUUUUUAAAACAAAAGGUGAAAAACAAAAAGUUAAAUUGUUCAUAAAGCUUCCAUUUUAUAUUUGCUUGUACAACAUAUCGUACUACUAUGCGACAAAAUGAAAUUAGCCACAUAUUUUCAACAAUUUGGUAAGAAAUAACUUAUGGUGAACGUUAAAGGCAAAGCAAAUUAGUCAUUAUUUACUUUCAUUAAAAAAUAAACAAUCGCAUUAUUAUAUCUGUAUCAUUCUUCAAGAUGAUGAAAUGAAAGAUGUACACAAUGAAAUAUUAUCUGGGAUUUUCUUUGUUUCAUAAGCUAUUGCUUUCCAAGUUUUUACCCAAAUAUGAUGACUGAAAUAUUUUGUCGCAAGUGUUUUCUUUUUUCUUUUUCUUUUUUUUUCCUUUCCUUUUUUGUAUUAGUUUUUAUUAAAUGUUACGUUGAAAUGACUAUAGAUAAGUACUAUGUACUUGUAAAUUGCACUUUUUACAUUAUGUACUUAGUGAAGGUUGCUAUAUAAAAUGUUUAAGUUUUAAGCAAAAAUUGAGUUUUGCUGUUUCUUUUGUUCCUUUUUGUUACUUUUUUGGAUGUACAUAUUUUCUGUAACACAAUUAUACUCUAUGUACAGUUUCAAACCUAAAAUAAGUUUAUAAUAGUAGAAUAAUAUUUGGAAAAUUAUAAGAUAGUUCGUACUAUUUAGAAGAUUGUUCUAGUUGUUUUUCCAACUGCGAUGGGCUUGACAUUCUUUUUUUAUUAUUAUGAUUAUUAUUAAAAUGUUCUGGUUGAUAUGCUGCUAUACAGGGUACCGAUUUCUGAUGAAAAGAUAUAAUAUCUAUUAUACUUUUAAUCGCUGUAAAAUGGAACAAAACUGGUAGAACGCAACUACUUUUUAAUAAAAGGAGUGGAUCUUUAACUCUUAAUACUUAAAACAUUUUUUCAUCUAUUUGGAAGAUUAAAUAAUAAUUAAAGAAUACAUUUCUUCAAGUAGAACCUGUUUAACUUAAAUGUUUAGAUGAAAAAAAGACAGUUUGGAGGCAUUUUCAAAAUAUACAGCGCUCCUUAUUUCUGGAAUCAUGCAAAAUCAAGAAGUUAAAGAAGGGCAGCAGUAUCUCGACAAGCAAAAAAUGUUGCAAUAUUUCCUGAAAAUACUCUUAAGGUGGCACAAGUGUAAAUUAUCCGAAUAUUCGUAUAGACUUUUACAAUAUUGUAAAUAUUUAAAUUUAUAUGUUUGAACCUUCGGUUCUGGUGUUACUUAUAAAUACAUUGUAAAAUAACUUCAAAAGUUUUUUAGGUAGCCCAUUUUCAAAGUUAAAUGUUAUUUAAUUAAAGUUAUACACAUUAUGUGUCUCUUUUAAAGAAAUGGAUGUGUACAUAUAAAUAUCAAUUUUUUCUCCAUAUAUUGGUAUGUUCACAUACAUAAAAAGACUUAUCCACCUGUUGCUCAUUAUGUUCUCAUUUAAACUCGUGUCUGAAGCCGGUCGGACGGCUGGCAAACAUAGUGAAUGCGGUAUAAAAAUACCUUUCGCUCAUGUUGAUUUUUGAUCUCGUAGUAUUUAUUGUUUCUUUUUUUCUUAUUAUUGCUAAUUACAUCAAAAACAUCACAUCUUAGACACCUUUUUAAAAGAGUACAUAAUGGCAGAAUAUCUACUUAAUACAGCGUUUAAAGCAGGACAAGUUUCAAAUAUGAUUUGAACAGAUGUACAACUGUAAAUGGUGAAAUACUAUGUUACGUCUUUCAUAGCUCCCAUUUGAGUAUCCUCAAUUGGCUUGUUUAUAUAUUUUGUUACUAUUACUUGUUUUUGUUACAAUAUCCACUAUACCAGGGCCUAACCGAUAAUUGUUUUAUGUGGUUAAAAAAAAAUUACAAACGUUAAUGUGUAAGUACGCAAUUUAUUUUGAUUCCCUAGAACUGUUCACAUAUAUGAAAUAUUAUUAAAAAAUAUAUAUAGUCAAGUUGACAUCAUUUUAUUUAAAAUGUUAAUAAAGAGUUA